UCAACAAAGAACACAUGCCCAAAACUCAUAUACAUUAAGUACGAAUGCUAAUUCCCCAAUAGUCUGCUUUCUUCUCCGCCAGGGGCAACCAUGGAAGUGGAGGCGAAACCUUCGCAGAACCUUAAGCCGCUACUUCCAUCAAACUCCUGCAAUGAUCGGAGGGAUUUCCUCCUCCAUCUUGAGGCCUACCUUGCUCGUCGUGAUGGUGUUGACAAGCUCCUCAAGAUAUCACGCUACGCCGCCAAAAUCGCCAUCGCUACUUCCCUCCCUUCCGAAACCCUAGCUCCCCGCCUAAAGGCCUUCGAGUCUAGCGUCGGCCUCAGUCGCAAAGCCUUCCGCGUCGGAAAGUUCGUCCAGGACAUCAACGCACUCCGCACCGCAGCAGGCCGACCCAACUCCGUUGUCGAUCUCCUCCUCUCCGCGGCCGCCUACGGAGGAGAGGGCGUCUACUAUUUCCUUGAACAGGUCGUUUGGCUCUCCAAAGCCGGGAUCCUCUCGCCAGAGCUAGCUCGUAAGUGCCAGAAGGUCAGCGCUUGGGCGGAGUUGAUUGGAUAUGUGGGAAGCAUCACGCUUAAGUUGAAGGAGGUGAGAAAGAUUAGAUCAACCAUUGAGGCGAGGAAAAGGACCGUUGGAUCAGGGGACAGCGAUGAUGUUGAGAUUCGGAAGUUCAGUGAUAAAUUGUUCCUUAAGCAGCUAUCGAUUGUCCAGGAUCUAGCUGACGGAUUGAUGGUUCUUGGGGAUGUGAGAGAUGGCAAAGGAUUCCUAACAGAUCCGCUGAUGAUGGCUUCGGCGGGGAUGCUAUCGGCUUUUAUCAGCUUGCAUAAGAACUGGACAUCUUGUUGAGGUAGGGCCUCACAUUGUACUUCUAUUCUGCCAUUUAAAUACAUGAAUAAAAUUAUUGCUGACGAACUAGAAUUUUGGGCAAUUGACUAAACCGAUGUUUUGCUCUGAUUCAAUGUUAUACAUAAGCAUGAAUUAUUUGAGAAUCAUCUAAGAGGCGAGGAACUUCCAGUUUUACUCA